CGAUGGCUUCGGUAACGGAUCGUUCAUUUCGUAUCAAGCGGUUUCGCGUUGUCUGAAAUGUGGCCUGCGACUCAUUAAUGUUUUUCCGUGUUCCUCGGAAAAUCGAGGGAAAACGUGAGCGAAACCUAUUAAGGACUAUCCUGAAACAAGAUUAUCGCCGAGUGCCGCGAACGUUGAUUUUUGUGCUCCAAAACCCUUGAAGGAGUAGCCUGAUUUACGAAGAAUGGAGGGCACCGGGAUGAUUAGCGGUGCUCCUGUACAUCGGGGAGGCAAAAAGUUGUGGCAAUACCUCGCAUCCAUUUCUGCUUCCAUAAUGGCCAUCGGCGUGGGUACCGCUCUGGCCUGGACGUCUCCUGUCCUGCCCCAGCUGUACGAACCGAAUUCAUGGCUGGUCAUUACUCCGGAACAAGGAUCCUGGGUGAGCUCAUUACUGGCUCUGGGCGCGAUGCUGGGCGCCGUCUUAUCCGGGCCGAUGGCCGAUAAAAUUGGCCGGAAAAAAUCGCUUCUUUUGCUGACAGCUCCGUUUCUUUUAUCCUGGACGAUCAUUAUAUUUGCCUCCGAGCUGUGGCUGAUCAACGUAGCCAGGUUUAUAGUGGGCAUCGGCGUCGGCGCAGCUUGCGUCCUCGUGCCUACUUAUAUCUCCGAAAUUGCGGAGACUUCCACCCGAGGCACUCUCGGUGCGAUGUUCCAGUUGUUCCUCACAUUUGGAAUUUUGCUGGCCUUCGUGCUUGGAGCGAUCUUGAGCUACACGGCGUUCGCUAUAAUCUGCGCCCUCGUAGAGAUCAGCUUCUUUGCCUCCUUCACGUGGAUGCCGGAAUCACCCGUUUGGCUAGUGAAUAAAAAGCGGAGAACGGAAGCCACAAUGGCGAUGACAGUACUCCGGGGUGAUUCUUACGAUCCGUCCGACGAACUUGCACAGUUUCAGCGAGAAGCCGAGCAGGCAGCGUCAAGAAAAUCAAGCAUAUUCGAUCUUAUACGCACUCGAGCAGCCAAAAAAGCUUUGCUCGCUUCAUUGGGUGCCAUGUUCUUUCAACAAUUGUCCGGUAUAAACGCAGUGAUCUUUUAUACCGUUACCAUUUUUAAGGCAUCUGGAAGCUCAAUGUCGCCGGAACUCGCCUCUAUUGUCGUAGCAAUCGUUCAGACGGUGAUGUCAGGUGUAGCAGCUAUAAUUGUGGAUCGUGCCGGAAGGAAGCCAUUGCUUAUAUUUUCCUCAAGUGUUAUGACAGUCAGUCUUGUGGCUCUUGGUCUGUACUUCAAUAUUAAGGCAAAUGGAAAUGACGUCAGUAAUCUAGGUUGGCUGCCGCUUACAUCUCUAACGUUAUUUAUGAUCUCCUUCUCUAUCGGGAUGGGUCCGAUACCGUGGAUGCUGAUGGGCGAACUAUUUUCUGCAGAGACCAAGGCGGUCGCUUCCGGUAUUGCCGUGAUGUUGAAUUGGUUCCUCGUAUUUCUGGUGACGAAAACUUUUCCGAUGAUGAACGAUGAAUUAGGCGCGGACGCGACUUUCUGGAUUUUUGCUAGUAUCAUGGUAGCCGGUACUGUGUUUAUAUACUUCGUUAUACCGGAAACUAAAGGGAAAUCUUCCCAAGAGAUUCAGGAAGAGCUACAGGGCAAUGCUCGAUUCAAAACGACGAAUAGCUGAAUAGCAUUGACGAGCGCGAAAAUGCGUGCACUGAUGUACGAAUGCUGAUUUAAUGACAGCAUUCAUCAAGUAGCGUAAAUAAAAUUUAAAACGUUGCUUAGUUAAACUGUAGAUAUAAUAUCUUGGCGUACCAAAAUAUAAAGAGAUAUGCAUAAGAGCAAGAAGGAGAAACAAAUUUAAAAAUAAAUAUGAAAGUUGCUGAGAAGAAAAUGUUAAUCUCACGAUUAAUUUAUCGUCUUUUUCAUAAGUUAUAUUCAUAAGUUUCAAGUUUUUCACACACAUAUACACGCUGUUAUGUUUGAAUAUACUAUUAUUAUAAAUCUUUAAUAUAUUAUUUUUAAUAUAUCUUUAAUAUAUCUUUAAUCUAUAUAUAAUUUCUGCUCACGCAGCUUUAUCGACAUGCGACAACAUUUCUUCAUGUGUAUUUGCAUAUAUAUGUGAUAUAUAUAUGUGAUAUAUAUAUAUAUAUAUAUAUAUAUAUAUAUAUAUCACAUAAAAUGACUUACAUUUGUAUCAUCGAUCAUUAAAGUGGAACAAUCUUUUUCCGCUGAUCAUAAAUUAUGAUAUAGUAUUUGGAUAUCUCAGAUAGCUCAAAAAAAAUAUUUAACUUUUUUUAUUUUAGUUAGCUGAAACAUAUCUGCAUUUAUUUUAAUAAUCUUUUACAGUAUAAUAAAGUUAGAAUAGUUGAAUAAAAUUAAUUAGACAAUAAUAAAAAAGUAUAUAUAAUAAAUAAAUUAAUAGCUUGUUAUAAAUUUUGGAAAGUAUAUAAA